AUUGUAGUUUCUCAUCUUAUGUCUGCAGUGUAACGACAAACAAGAGGUAAAAUAAAUAAAUCCGAGGUUCUAGCCUAUAGACAACCUAUAGAUCAGCAUCAAGAAAAUGGGCGGUAAACCGACAAAAGAAGAGAAGGAAAGAGAUCGACGAGAGGAAUACGAGUCAAAUAGACCACGAUCAGGAGAGAACAAGUGUGAAAAAAUUCGUGAACGAAAAGAAGGAACGGUGACAGAUCACGCUUUCACUACAGAAAAACUCAAGUUGGAGUACAAGCAUAAGCUUGACAUGUAUGCGGCAGGGAAUGAAUACAAAGAGGCACGACUGAAAACGAUAAUUAAUGGACAGAUAGAUGCAUGGAGUAAAUAUGUAAAUACGUGCCGGCAGAAUGGACUCACAUUAGAUGAAGCACUCAAAAAAGCAGAUCACCUGCAGGUAUCGCCGGAUGUCGUGACCAGACUAGCCCUGAGACUGGAAAUACCGAAAAAAGAAGCAAUUAGCAUUGCCAGAAACAUAUCCACGUCCUCGGAGCAAGAUGAAGAAGACUCUGAGGCACUCACUGCUGAAGCCGCGGCUACGAGCAAUACCUAGAAACCCCAAUUCCAGGGGCAUCGUGUUACUAAUUCGUGAUAUGCAACAAUCAA